UUCAGUUGUGUUCUUGAGUUAAAAGAAAUGAGAUCAAUAAUUGCAGAAUUUUUUAUUUUAUUGUUUUCACUUGUAGAUUUUACUUUAGCAGUGAAAAAAUGUUUAACGAUUUGUCCAGACCUUCAGUUCAAUUAUGCAAGUCAAACUAUUGAAGAAAUCUUGAUAUCGAAUUUGCAAAAUGAAAUUGAUCCAAAUUGCAUCUGUCCAGAGUCAGACAAAUGGUUUUUAAAUGGAACAAUGCUCGGUUUAUCGUCUGGAAAUAUUUGCUUAGACAUCCCGGUAGGUCAAGAUAUCAAACCUGGCCAGGGCGAAAAGUGUCCUAAUUCCUUCAAAUGCGGAGUCGAAGAAACUUUAUACGAAUGUCACCUUCGAACUUAUGAAUUAUUAGGUGAAAAUACUCCAUCAGAUGGAUGGUGUGCAGAGGGAGAAAUAAAAUGGAUUAUCGACAAGAACUUGUUAGGGAUCUCGAGCAAUAUUUGUACAUGUCUGGAUGACUUUGACAUCACUUCACCUGAUGUCGUUUGUAUCUAAAAGAAAUAUUGAAGAUCGCUCUAGUUGAACAAGUGUUUUUGUUUUUUUCCCGGUAAAUGAGUGAAACUAAAAAUGUAGAACGGAAUCUUUUUCAUUUGUUAUUAAUUUUAUAGUAAAUUACUUUGAAUCAAUGUUGAAACUAAAAGGCAAUGAUGAAACUAUUUGAAGAUAAAAAAGUUUCUUUGUAAUUAAGAAACUGAUAAAAUAAUAUUUUUUGCGAUGAAAACUUAUCAGAAAUUCUUUUUAAAGAACUCAUCUCAAAUAAAAGCUUU